AUGCAGAGCUUUAUAUGCCACCCAAAGAAUACGUCGCAUCCUUAUUAUACGAGGCUAUGCCAUUCCGACGAGAUCGCUGCAUUCCGAAAGCUAGUGGGGAAUCCCAAGCAUGGUAAUGAUGCCGCACCAAAGAGGGAGUGGAAGCCCAAGUCAAAAUGGAAGCUUGAUCUAUCCGCAGCAUAUUGGUUAUUGAUGGUGUUGAGAUCUCCUGCCGUCCGCCAACUUGAUAUUGACAACAGCUUAGCCUUGCACGAUAUGCAGAAACUCUACGAUGGCCAAACGAGUCUUGCUCCCCUCCGGGAUAUCAUAGCGGGUAAGAGACGUUGGGAGGAUCUUGAUGCUGAUGAAUUUGGGUCCGAGGUGAUUGAGGAGAUGUUACAGCACCUCAUCAAUAACGCAGAUAUUCUCCUGACCACUCCAGCCAAAUCCCAACAUCUGAGCUACCGGGCGUGGAAAAGAACAGCUCGUGGCGUAGCGAUCGACGAGGCUGCAAACAUGACUAGGCCUGAUCUUGAUUCUGGUGACGAGCACCAACUUCGACCUACGGUCAAGACAGAGCAGGAAAGGGACAAAAGUGGAAAACUUCUUAAUCGACAUCAUGCCGAUGGAAUCGUUUCGCCUCUUGAAUUCUUCAAGAUGAAUGGAUGGCCUGUCCUCCGUCUACGCGCACAAUUCCGGAUGGCCAGAGGUCAAUUUGAUAUCCGCCACCGAGAGCUAUAUUCGGAUCUCCCUUUUGAGUAUGCCCCGUGCUGCCGCAUAAGUACGCCUGCUCACCGAGUCGGGAACCAGCUAGAGGACUACGCUACCCGUAGGUUCCCGGAGCUGAGACCACCUCCUCAAGGCACGCUAUCGCCUAUUUUCAUUCACUGCCGCGGUUCAAAGCGCGAGAGACCCAAGGGGAGAUACGCCAUGUCAAGUCAAAACACCGAUCAGAACACAGCCGCCCUUCAGUUGAUAGUUGGGUUCGUGAAAGCGAGCCAGACUGACCCAGCACGCAUCUGCCUUAUAACUCCCUACAAAGCGAACGUGCAUGCAGUUGAGAAGAUGCGAAAGAGCAGCGAGUAUGAAGUCCUCACCGGUAUGCCACCUGCUGCUACCGUGGACUCGUUUCAAGGCCGGGAAGGUGACAUCGUUGUGGCUAUCAUGGUCUCUACAGAGAAGUCUGGGCCAGGGUACAUGAGAUGUGAGAGCCGGCUGAAGGUUCUGUUAUCCCGUCAUCGAAGUGCACUCGUGAUUGCCGGCGAUAUCAAUGUUGCCGGAGCUCUAGUUGAUGACAGCAACGGAACAAUUGAGGUAAAGGGGAAACCCCCACCAAGCAACAAUGGAAUGUUGAGCAAUGCGUGUUCGGGACUCGUAAAGGACGGUCGAGUUGUAGUUGUUGAAUGUAGCAAGUAG